CGGAAGAGAACCUAAUGGGGCUUGGGGAGGUGCUGGCAUAGAGACUGAGGGUGGGUUUGAGUUGGAUGAAGAAGGCGGGAAGUCUACUUCUCUUCCAGUCAGCUCCCCAUCUCGCCCUCUGGCGGCUUCGGACGGCCGACCGGCCGCCCGACUUAGUGUGACUACGGGCGUACGCCAAGGUGGUCACUGACUGCCCCCACGAGGGGACUGGAGGGGGUUCCAGAUGGGCGAGGAGGGGACAGAGGGCACCGUACAUCUGCUUUGCCUUGCGGCCACCAGCGGAGUCCCCUUAUUCUGCAGAAGCAGCCGCGGCGGCGCCCCCGCCCGCCAGCAGCUCCCGUUCUCUGUCAUCGGUUCCCUCAAUGGAGUACACAUGUUUGGGCAAAAUCUCGAGGUGCAGCUGAGCUCUGCAAGGACGGAGGAUACGACCGUGGUGUGGAAAAGCUUCCAUGACAGCAUCACCCUCAUUGUUCUGUCAUCUGAGGAGGGCACCUCGGAGCUGAGGCUGGAGAGACUACUCCAGAUGGUGUUUGGGGCCAUGGUUCUUCUUGUAGGACUCGAAGAACUGACCAAUAUCCGCAACGUAGAGAGACUGAAGAAGGAGUUGAGGGCCAGUUACCGCCUCAUUGACAGUUUCCUGGGGGACUCUGAGCUCAUCGGGGACCUGACCCAGUGUGUGGACUGCGUGGUUCCUCCAGAGGGGUCUCUCCUGCAGGAAGCCCUCUCUGGGUUCGCCGAAGCGGCGGGCACGGCCUUUGGCAGCCUGGUCGUGUCGGGCCGGGUGGUGGCAGCAACAGAAAGCUGGUGGCGGCUGGGGACGCCGGAGGCCGUGCUGCUCCCCUGGCUGGUGGGGUCCCUGCCGCCGCAGGCAGCUCGAGACUAUCCGGUGUACCUGCCGCACGGGAGUCCCAUGGUCCCGCACCGGCUUCUGACCCUGACGCUGCUGCCGGGCUUGGAGCUGUGUCUGCUCUGCGGGCCGCGCCCUCCCCUCAGCCAGCUGGAUCCACAGCUUUUGGAUCGCUGGUGGCAGCCAGUGCUAGACCCGCUGCGGGCCUGCGUGCCGCUGGGACCUCGAGCGCUGCCCGCUGGCUUCCCCCUGCACAUGGACAUCCUCGGGCUGCUGCUUCUCCACCUGGAACUGAAACGUUGCCUCUUCACGGUGGAGCCCUCUGCGGAUCAAGAGCCUUCUCCUGAGCAUCGUCGGCGCCUCCUGCGCGCCUUCUACACCUUGGUCACCGCCUCACACUUCCCACCAGAGCCGGGGUCACCAGAGAAGGUGGAGGAUGCGGCCCAGAGGAGCCAGGUGCCGAGAGCCUGCUACCUGGUGUCCGGGCCCGAGGAGCCAGGCAUGGGAUGGCGGCUGGUGGCUCUGCAGUCGGGGCCGCGGCGGCUGCUACUGCUGUCCGCCCAGAGUCCCACACACGCGCUGCGGGGCUUGGCCACCCACACACUGCAUGCCCUCACCCCACUCCUCUGACCCCUGGCCGUGAGCCGGUCACACAGACACAGCUAUUAGCGUCUCUCUGUUUAUUCGCUCACAAUAAUACACAGCCCCUGGAUGGGGGGGGCAGGAGGGGCUACGAUGGGGUGGGGUGGGAGGGGAGGAGGCGCCCACUUCCCUGGCCCCUCUCCCCUCUGUGCUUAGGGGGGAAAAGGGAGGGAGGGGGCUCCCCCUUACCCCCCAGAAUGUAAACAGCAGCAGAUGAACAAAAAUAAAAAUACAAAAGGCC